CAGAGUGGCCUUAGAGCUCGGGGUCUAGAAAGGAAAGAAAGGGGUGCCGGGGUGGUGGGACCGAGCGGGAUCUUAGCCGGGAUGGGGUAGCAGCGAGGGAGGAGCCAGUCAUCCCUUCUGGGGAAAAGCAGUGAGGAUGUAGCCAGAGACGGGGGUGGAAACCCAAGGCUGGGCCUCGGGGCUAAGCGGCUCGGGUGAGGUCGGGAGCUGGCGCUUCUGUCCAGGACUCAGCUGCCCGGGUCCCUCGGGUGCAGCCCUGGUGGCCAGGCCUGGGCCGCGCCUCGAUCGGGAAGGACCCAGGAAUCAUGGCUUGGUGGCGCCCGGCUGGGCUUCCGCCGGCCCUUCCUGAGCCGUGGAGAGAGCUCUGGAGAUUGGGCUCGGGGGCCCUGCGCUGGGGGCCUUCGCUCUGCCCUCCGGCCCGCAGCCCCGGGGAUCCUAGAAACCGGAGGAGCAGGGGGAACAUAGACGGCCGGAGACAGAACCCAGGGCUUCCCAAUACCGGGGAGAUGUUGCCACCUUCAGGUUUCUCCGGGCUGGUUCCCCCUUCCCACUUCCAAGCCCGGCCCUUUCCUCUUCAGCCCAGAGUGGCGCCAACCUGGGGCUCAGAUGUACCUCUCACCCAGCCCCCGGCCCAUCAAGUUGUCUCAGAGAGACAGCAGAGGCCUCUGGUGGCCCCGUGGGAACAGGAUGUUUCUGGCGAUUGCCGAGGGCCAGGUCGGAGAGGCAGGUCGCUGGAGCUGGUGGGAUCGCAGGCCCUGAGCGAGCAGGCGGAGCUCAUCUCUCGGCAGCUGCAGGAGCUGCGGCGGCUGGAGGAGGAGGUGCGGGGCCUGCGGGAGACCUUGCUGCAGCAGAAGAUGAGACUGGAGGCCCAGGCUGUGGAGCUGGAGGCACUGGCGUGGGCCGAGAAGGCCAGCCAAGUCGAGGCCGAGGGCCUGCGCGCCGCCUUGGCCGGGGCCGAGGUUGUCCGGAAAAACCUGGAGGAGGGGAGCCAGCGGGAGCUGGAGGAGGUUCAGAGGCUGCACCAAGAGCAGCUGUGCUGCCUGACGCAGGCUCACCAGGAGGCUCUGGCCGGUUUGACCGGCAGGGCCGAGGGCUUGGAGAAGUCUCUGAGUGGCAUGGAAGCCAGGAGGGCAGAGGAAGCCAAGGAGCUGGCUGCAGCCCGCAGUGAGGCUGAUCUGCUGCGGAGGCAGCUGAGCAAGACCCAGGAAGACUUGGAGGCUCAGGUGGCCCUGGUUGAGAAUCUGCGGAAAUACGUGGGGGAGCAAGUCCCUCCCGAAGCCGGCAGCCAGGCGUGGGAACCCCAGCGGCAGGCGCUCCUGGACGCCGUGCAGCACCUGCAGGAGGACCGGGCCAGCCUGCGUGCCACCGCCGAGCUGCUGCAAGUGCGCGUGCAGAGCCUCACGUGUGUGCUCGCCCUGCAGGAAGAGGAGCUGACCAGGAAGCUCCCGCCGUCAGACUCCCUGGAGCCCGAGUGUGUGAAGAAGCACCAGUCUCUGCUGAGCCGCUGGCGGGAGAAGGUGUUUGCCCUCCUGGUACAGCUCAGGUCCCAGGAGCUGGAGCACAGAGACUCCCAGAAGGCGCUGCAGGGACGGGUGGCAGAGCUCCAGGAGCAGGUGACAGCCCAGAGCCAGGAGCGGGCCAUCCUGCACCGCUGCCUGCAGGACAGAGCCGCGGAAGUGGACGUGGAGCGGAUGGGUGCCAAGGUCGGUGCCGAGGGUGCCCGGCUGGAGUCUUCCGCCCUCCCACGGCCAUGUGGGAUUCUCCUGGGCAGCGCCCUCGCCCCUUGCUACGUGGGAGCCCUCCCUGUGCGGGCUGGAGCUCUCGGGUUCUCCUCUGUUUUCCCCUCCCUCCCUCCCUCCCUGUCCGUCUCCCUCUCUUGCUCCCUAGCUCCACGCAGAGUUGCAGAGUUGGGCACUAACCUCCUGCCCCCACUUCUGCUUCCUGUCCUCGCUCCUGCCCCUCCCCCUGCUUUCCUCACUUGUGCACAGCACAGGAUGGACGAUGUGGUCCGCCUGAGGCCAACAGGUCCUUUGAGGGUGGCCGAGGGUGGAGGGUCAGUGACCUGUGCCCUCUCCAGCUGCCAGAUUGGCCUCCAGAGCACCACGGCAAAGUUGGAACAGGCUGCAGCCCGGCUUCCCGGCCUCAGCAACCGACUGAGCUAUGCAGUCCGCAAGGUGCACACCAUCCAGGGCCUGAUGGCUCGAAAACUGGCCCUGGCUCAGCUGCGUCUGGAGAGGAGCGCUGAAGGGCGGAGGCUGAAGGAGGCUCGGAGGGAGCAGGCCAAGGCCGUGGUCUCCCUGCGCCAGAUCCAGCGCUCAGCCGCCCGGGAAAAGGAGCGGAACCAGGAGCUCAGGCGGCUGCAGGAGGAGGCCCGGAAGGAGGAGGGGCAGCGGCUGAGCCGGCGCUUGCAGGAGCUGGAGAGGGACAAGAACCUCAUGCUGGCCACCUUGCAGCAGGAGGGUCUCCUCUCCCAUUACAAGCAGCAGCGACUGCUGGCAGUUCUCCCCUCCCUGCUGGACGAGGAGAAGUCCGCAAAGUCAAGCUCCAGGCCUCCGGGGUCCGAGGCACCUGUACUUCCGGCCCCGUCCACCGGGAAUCCCAGAAGAGGAUCCCUCUCUGUGCUGCUGGGCAACCUGCAGGGCCUGAGUGAGGCCAUCGCUAAGGAAGAAGCUGUUUGCCAAGGAGACAGCCAGGGCUCUCCAGCUCCGGUCCACAGCUGAGUGGCCGCUCGGAGCCAGGGAGGUGGCCUGGGGCUGAGUCCAACAGCGAGGACUGGACCCUCGGGUGGGGAACCCUGCCUGACCCUGGCACAUCAUGAUGCCAGCUCCCCUGUCUGAGUUCUGCUCUAAUAAAGAGACUGCAGUGGGCUUGGAAAAGCUGCCUGGGGUGGGUGUGAACUUCCCGCAGUGAGUGAGCAGGACUCUGGGGCGUGUGAAGUGUCCCCCAGAGCCCUUUCCCCAGUGGUCCCUUUUCCCAGUCCCCGCUGGAGAUGACUCAAGAAACUUGUUUUUCUUUAUUCUCACCUUUUGCUUUAAAGCUUUCUAACCAGGUGUGGUGCAUGCUUCCCAUCCCAGGACUCCAAGAGGCUGAGGCAGGAGGAUGGGAAGUUCAAGACCAGAUUGGGCUACGUAGUGAGCCUCUCAAAAAACACAAGGGCUAGCUAGGUGUGUAGCUCAGUGCUGAGGCCGUGGGGUCAGUGUCCAGUACCAAGUAAACGCAUAAACUCGUUUUCUCUGGAACAUGGUAGAUGUCACGAGAGAAGGAAAACAUUCACUCGUUCAGCAGGACUGGGCUGGCACUGUCUAGUGGUGACCUUGCCAGGAGAUGUAGAGACAAGAACUUCAGGGCAGCUUGGUGUGCUGGCUCACACCUGUGAUCCUAGCCCUUGGGAGGCUGAGGCAGGAGGAUCACCGUGAGUGGGUUCCAGGCCAGCCUGGGCUACAUAGCAAGACCCUGUCUCAAAAGAAUUUGUAAAGACCUCAGGACAAAGAAGCACAACCAACAAAUGCUAGGAAGAGAAGUGAGGUACAGAUGACAGGGACCUUGAGAGGGGCAGCCUAAGGAGGGGACACUAGAGGGCUCCCCAGUCCUCCUGGGGAUCCAGGCCCUUGUUCUGAGACCUGAAGCCAGGGGGACAGGAUGAAGGCUGCUGGGGGGGACUCGUGCUGGCAAGGAGUUUGGAUUUUAUUCUAAGUCAACAGAAAGCCCUUGGUGUGUUUUUAGAACUGUGGUACUUUGUUUUAGGUUAUUCAUUUAUUGGUUCUUUGAGAUAGGGUCUCACUUGCAGUCCAGGCUGGGAGCUCCUGGCAAUCCUGCCUCGGCCUCCUGAAUGCUGGGAUUACAG